AACAACAACAACAUGUAUUGUUGGUGGGUGAGUGUGAUAAAGUGAACAAUAAACAGUGUUUGUGGUGUCUAACACAGCUAACCUUAGACGCCAUCGUCAAUGAGAGCCAACUAGUUAACCAAAGAGUAAACGAGAGAGAGAACGAGAUACAGAGUUGAGACAACGUAAGAACACAAACUGAACAGAAGUAUUUUGUGGAAGACUACCAGGUUGUGUCUUGCCAGACACUAUAUCUUUAGUACUUCAAGAAGCACCAGUAUAAGUGUCUUGAACAACAACUGAUAUUGCAGAAGUAUUUUGCGGAAGACUGCAGGUUGUGUCUUGUCAGACACUAUAUCUUCAGUGCUUCAAGAAAGACAACAGCUGUUCUUCUUAUGAAUUUUUAACUAGCUAUUACUAAUUAAACAAUUUUGCUUUUGAUGGUGGGAAUUCUAUCUAAAAAGACAUGGCAGUUAAUUCUUUGAGGGUCUGUUUUGUAGUUCUAUGACUUUUAAGUCAGGGUCCAAGCUGUAGUAGUACAUCAUGAGCUCAGCUUACUCAGAUAAGCUGUGAGUGGUAAAUUUGGGCCUAAAUAUGAGAGAAUGCAUCUGUGUGGUAAGUGUGCACCAUAUAAAACAAAUCCUGCUGCACACAGUGCAUAAUGAGAAAAAAAAACUUCGACUAUGUUUUUUUUUUCAACAUGCAAUCCUCGUCGAAAAAUCCCUGAGACUCAGUCAUUUUUUUGGACUUAAGGCAUCCUCCGGCGGCAUCCCGGCCGAAAACACAAAUUUUCAGUGUAUUUUCAUGUGUUUUUUUUGGUAGCAUUCACUGUUUCUUGGUCUCAUUUGAUAGAAUAGAAGAUGUAUUACAGAAAUGAUUUUGGUGGAUUUUAGUACAGAAAAUAGCUUGAAAUUCAGUUCAGAGUAGUAGAAAUGUUCUAUGUUUGCCAAUGUUAGAGGGUAAACAAAUCAUAUCACAUGUCCAAUACACGUCAGCUGAUGGGUCUGAUGUGUGUUCCUGAAUGCACUGAUAUUAUUUAUACAAUUAUUACAAUAUUGCAUAAAAGUAUUACAAUAUUGCAUAAAUGUAAAUUUUUUAUUUUUUGGCGCGAAUAAAAAUUAUUUGUAAAUAAAAAAUCAAAAUGAAAUUCAUCUGUAAAUCCUGGAAAUGUAACUAAUAAAUAGAUGAAAUGUUAGUUUAGUGCCAGGAAUGUCUGCAUUGAUUAUUCUGGACCCUAUUUUGAAAUUGGAAUAUUUUGAACUUUGUGUGAAAUUGGCCAAAUUACCAAUUUCCAGUCACUUUAUUGGGAAGUUGAAAUAGUUGAUUUGGGCAAUUUUAUGUGCUUAGUAGAUAAAAUGGAACACAUACUAUCAAAAUAACUAAGAAUUUGGUCUAAUGGAAUAAUUUAAUUUGCCAAAAACAGGACUCAAAGUGGGCAAAAUUGCCAGUGCAUAAAUAUCUGACACAGCAAAAUUUGCAGGAGUACAACUUUGUCAAUUCUUUAUCAAAUUUUGUACUUUUUUAUUUUAUUACCUUCAGAAAACAAUUCUCUACAAUUUCAUCAGAAAAAAUAAUAUUUUUUAGAUCCUGUGGAGAAUUUUCAGAUUUGCGGUCUGAACCCUCAAAGGAUUAAUUAAAGAAAACGAGUUAGCAAUUUUGUAAUUAAAAAUUUUCAGAAAAAUCUGUUUAAACACAAUAGCAAAUAAUAAUAAUAAUAAUAUUGUUGAGUACAUCUACAGUGUUCUAGUACAUAUAUUAAUCUUUUAGCACAAAACAAAAAUUAUCAUAAACUUUAUUAGUGUUCAUAAGUAGGAAAAGUUUUGCCUUAAUAAAUUUUAACAUGGGAAUGUUUUCAUAAGGAAGGCCAUGUGUUUAGUGUCAAAAAGAUAAAAAAAAAAAAAAAUUGAAAUAGACAUGUGAGUACAUAAGGAAGAUUAACUACACCACUGUUGUAUAACUAAAAUAUUUUAAAUGAAAUACCUUCAUUUAAAAAAUAUGGAAAAACAUAAAGACCAUAAACCAUAUCAAUGUUCAGAUUGUAUGAAAUUUUUUAGUGUAAAAAGAAAUCUUGUGAGACAUAUGAGAGUACAUACAGGAGAUAAACCAUAUCAAUGUUCAGAAUGUCUGAAAUAUUUUAGUGAUAAAAGCAGUCUUGUGAUACAUGUGAGAGUACAUACAGGAGAUAAACCAUAUCAAUGUUCAGAGUGUCUGAAAUGUUUUAGUCAAAAAAAUAGCCUUGUGUCACAUAUGAGAGUACAUACAGGAGAUAAACCAUAUGAAUGUUCGGAGUGUCUGAAAUGUUUUGCUCAAAUAAGCAGUCUUGUGAAACAUAUGAGAGUACAUACAGGAGAUAAACCAUAUCAAUGUUCAGAAUGUCUGAAAUAUUUUAGUGAUAAAAGCAGUCUUGUGAUACAUGUGAGAGUACAUACAGGAGAUAAACCAUAUCAAUGUUCAGAGUGUCUGAAAUGUUUUAGUCAAAAAAAUAGCCUUGUGUCACAUAUGAGAGUACAUACAGGAGAUAAACCAUAUCAAUGUUCGGAGUGUCUGAAAUGUUUUACUCAAAUAAGCAGUCUUGUGACACAUAUGAGAGUACAUACAGGAGAUAAACCAUAUGAAUGUUCAGAGUGUCUGAAAUGUUUUAGUGAUAAAAGCAGUCUUGUGAAGCAUACAAGAGUACAUUCAGGAGAUAAACCAUAUCAAUGUUCAGAGUGUCUGAAAUGUUUUAGUCAAAAAAAUAAUCUUGUGUCACAUAUGAGAGUACAUACAGGAGAUAAACCAUAUCAAUGUUCGGAGUGUCUGAAAUGUUUUAGUGAAAAAAGAAGUCUUGUGAAACAUACACGAGUACAUACAGGAGAUAAACUAUAUCAAUGUGCCGAGUGCCAGAAAUGCUUUAGUGAAAAAAAAAAUCUUGUGAUACAUAUGAGAGUACAUACAGGAGAUAAACCAUAUCAAUGUUCAGAGUGUCCGAAAUGUUUUAGUGUAAAAAAAAACCUUGUGAUGCAUGUGAGAGUACAUACAGGAGAUAAACCAUAUCAAUGUUCAGAGUGUCUGAAAUGUUUUAGUGAUAAAAGCAGUCUUGUGAUGCAUACAAGAGUACAUACAGGAGAUAAACCAUAUCAAUGUUCAGAGUGUCUGAAAUGUUUUAGUCAAAAAAGUAAUCUUGUGUCACAUAUGAGAGUACAUACAGGAGAUAAACCAUAUCAAUGUUCAGAGUGUCUGAAAUGUUUUAGUGAUAAAAGCAGUCUUUUGAAGCAUACAAGAGUACAUACAGGAGAUAAACCAUAUCAAUGUUCAGAGUGUCUGAAAUGUUUUAGUCAAAAAAGUAAUCUUGUGUCACAUAUGAGAGUACAUACAGGAUAUAAACCAUAUCAAUGUUCGGAGUGUCCGAAAUGUUUUAGUAAAAAAAGAAGUCUUGUGAAACAUACACGAGUACAUACAGGAAAGAAAUCAUGUUAGUGUUUAAUGUUUCAGGAAUAUUUUAGUUAUAAACUCAUCAGAAUAUGCAAAAGGGAUAUACCGUAACAGUGUUGAGAGUGAAAUAUAUUAAUGAAAUAUCAGUCGUAUAAAUCAUAUAAGUUCAUAGAGCAGAUGUUGUAUUAAUGUUUAGAAUAUCUUAUAUAUUUUAAAGGAAGAUCAGUCUUGUGUACUCAUGAGAGCUAAUAUAGAGUAUAAACAGUAUCUGUAUAUCGAAAAUACUGUAAGGUCAAGUCUGUAAUCUGCUUACUGCAGUAAUCAAGAAUUCUGCAGUGAAAUAUUCAGUGAACAACAGUAGUGAAAUAUUCAUUGAGCAACAGUAGUGAAAUAUUCAGUGAACAACAGUAGUGAAAUAUUCAGUGAACAACAGUAGUGAAAUAUUCAGUGAACAACACUAGUGAAAUAUUCUGUAAGGGAUUGGUAGCAUUAAGAAAAGCAAAUAAAUGAACUGUACUAAGCUACUUACCUUAUGACAGCUCAACAUCCUGCAGCUGCCUCUAGAACAUUCUAUGAGCUGUCAAUGUUACCACCCUUUGGCUGUGGGAAUUAAAUAACUGUAAAAACAUAAUUGCCCCAAAAGAGCAUCAUAUCAGCAUUUCAUGUUAAUGCUGAAAUGAUGAUUUCUUACGUUUUUGGGCUCAAUAACCCUUUAAUGAUGGGUUAAUAAUGGCAAUUCCAGAUAAGGCAUGAACUAGCUAUCUUCUGUGCAGCCAACCAAACUAGGUUCAUAACUUGAUAGACAUACCUGGGUAUUGUAUCAGACCACAACUUUAUCCCUGGCUUUUGGCAUGGAUGAAACCUGGUAUUGGUGUCUUGAUUGAAGCAGAAGUGUCCCUUGAGGAAUGUCACACUUGCACUGUUACACUACGGUUCUUGAAGAUUUGUCUUUACUUCGUGGUAAUUUCACAAUAGUUCUACCAUGAAUUGUUGAGAUUGUCAUUGAGGAAUAGAAAUGUGUGGAUCA